ACCAGCGUCACUGACGUGACAGGACGGCCCGGUACACAAUCACUGCUGGUCCACUGUCGAGUGUCAUUCACCGCAGCUGGCUCGCAAUCGAACCGUUGUCCCUUCAGUUCCCCUCUGUGUGACUGCUGUUUUUAAGCCAUCCAGAGACUUGGAUGUGGAAAUGAACCAGUGACAGUUGUCAUUGAAUCUAAGUGUAUUGUAUUGCUCAUUGACAACUCGACAGGAGAGCUGAGGAUUGAACCGGUGACACCAUCUACCUACCACUGUCCUCAGAAACCAACAGAAUUAUACUCGGGGAAUAUUUUGUGUUCAACGUUGCGGCAUUGUCUCAAGCAUUUAUUUAUUUUCUUUUUUUAAAAAGGAAGAUGGAAUGGUCAUCCAAGUACUUCAAAGCUAGCUCCAUGGAGUCGCCUAAUCUGGAGUUUGAAUACGGCGACACGGACUUGCUGACCGCUGAACUCUCAGAGCUGUACAGUUACACAGAGGAGCCAGAGUUCGCCCUGAACAGAGACUGUUUUGAGGAUGACUUCAAGAGCCAUGCAGGGGGCUGCCGGUGGAGUGAGCUGGCGGUGGACGAGCAGAGGACGUACGUGAUGAGACUGCUCAAUGCUCUGGAGGUGACGGACCGAGACAAGCGUUUGAGGGUGUCCAGAGCCAUUCUCUACCUGGCUCAAGGAGUGUUUGACGAGUGCGACACAGAGGGCGACGUGCUGCGCUGGUCCAGACACAACGUCUUCCUGCUCUAUGACCUUGGGAUUUUCACAGCACUCUUGGACCUGCUCAGCAUGGAGAUGGACAACAGUCAGGCGUGCAGCAGUGCAGUGAGGAAGCCUGCCAUCUCUCUGGCUGACAGCACCGAGCUCAGAGUGCUGCUGAGCAUCAUGUACCUGAUGGUGGAGACCAUUAGAGUCCAGACUGAGGAUGACAGACCGGAGUGGAGGGUGGCCCGAGACGCCUUCAGGAACGAACUUGGAGCACCCAUGAACAGCGGUGAGCCGUUCGCUCUGCUUCUGUUCACAAUGGUGACCAAGUUCUGCAGCAUGAAUGCGCCGCACUUCCCCAUGAAGAAGGUUCUGCUGCUGCUAUGGAAGACUGUACUGUUCACUCUGGGCGGCUUCCAGCAGCUGCAGGAUCUGAAGGUUGUCAGGCGCCAGCACCUGAACCUGCCUCCACUGCCCGAGGACAGCAUUCAGGUGGUGCGAGCCAUGAGGGCUGCCUCGCCGCCCGCCUCCGCCAUGGAGCUGAUCGAGCAGCAGCAGCAGCAAAAGAAAGGACGCCGCAGCCGCCGGAGUGCCUUUGUUGAUAGCUUGGAGGGAGACAGUCCUUUUCCCAAGAAGCAGCCGCUGGUCAAGCAGGACAGCCUGGACACCUACAAUGAGCGAGACCCCUUCAAGAACGACGACUCCCGGGACGAGGAGGAGGACCCGGAGGAGAAUGACAGCGGCAUUGAGGGUGAAGUGGAUCCUUUAGACCGUGAUGUCAUCAUACAGCCACCACCUCCUCCGCCCCCACUGAGACCCCCCACUGAGCAGGUCAACUUCCCCAAGGGUCUGCCCUGGGCCCCCAAAGUCAGGGAGAAGGACAUUGAGCACUUUCUGGAGAGCAGCAGGAACAAGUUUAUCGGCUUCACUCUGGGAAAUGACACGGAGACUCUGGUGGGUUUACCCCGGCCGAUCCACGAGAGUGUGAAGACGCUCAAGCAGCACAAGUACGUGUCCAUCGCCGAAGUCCAGAUGAAGAGAGAGGAGGAGCUGCAGCAGUGUCCACUUUCUCUGGGAGAGGAGGAGGUGGAGGAGACUCCUGCGGAGAUGCUGUACCUGGGCAUGCUCCCGAACCUCUCACAGUAUGUGAUUGCUCUCCUUAAACUGCUGCUGGCUGCUGCUCCAACCUCCAAAGCUAAAACGGACUCCAUCAACAUCCUGGCGGACGUGCUGCCUGAGGAGAUGCCCAUCACGGUGCUUCAGAGUAUGAAGCUGGGAAUUGAUGUGAACCGUCAUAAGGAAAUCAUCGUGAAGGCCAUCUCUGCUCUGCUGCUGCUGCUGCUCAAACACUUCAAGCUCAACCACGUCUACCAGUUUGAAAUCGUCUCCCAACAUCUGGUGUUCGCCAACUGUAUCCCGCUCAUCCUCAAGUUCUUUAACCAGAACAUCAUGUCGUACAUCAGCGCUAAGAACAGCAUCUGUGUUCUGGACUUCCCCAACUGUGUGGUCCACGAGAUGCCCGAGCUGACGGCUGAGAGUCUGGAAGCCGGAGACGCAAACCAGUUCUGCUGGCGGAACCUGUUCUCCUGCAUCAACCUGCUAAGGAUCCUCAAUAAGCUCACCAAGUGGAAACACUCCAGGACCAUGAUGCUGGUGGUAUUCAAGUCGGCCCCCAUCCUGAAGAGGGCGCUGAAGGUGAAGCAGGCUAUGAUGCAACUCUACGUCCUUAAGCUGCUGAAAAUCCAGACCAAGUACCUGGGCCGCCAGUGGAGAAAGAGCAACAUGAAGACCAUGUCUGCCAUUUACCAGAAGGUCCGGCAUCGGCUCAAUGACGACUGGGCUUAUGGGAAUGACAUCGAUGCUCGGCCCUGGGACUUCCAGGCCGAGGAGUGUGCCCUGCGGGAAAACAUCGAGAAGUUCAACAGCCGUCGCUAUGACAAGAAUAAGAAUGGAGAGUUCACCCCGGUAGACAACUGCCUGCAGAGCGUUCUGGGCCAGCGGGUGGACUUGCCUGAGGACUUCCACUACAGCUAUGAGAUGUGGCUCGAGAGGGAGGUCUUCUCGCAGCCCAUCCAGUGGGAGGGGCUUCUGCAGGAGCAGUGACCGAGGGCCCUGGAGGACAGUUGGCGUCUCCUAUUGUCGCCUCACACGCCGGUGCCUAAAACUAGUUUGAUGGCGCCAGUAGUAGCUCUGAAGAACCAGCAGGUGGUGCAGUAGCCUGAUUCAUUGUGACAGAAGUUUGUGUUUUUAUCGGUUUUUAUCGGUCAGUUGUUGAUGAACUCAUCUAGGCGAGAGUUUUUACAUUUUCUGAAAGAGACUUUAUUGAUAUGCUUAUUCCAAACUCUUGACAAAGCCCCAGACAUUGGAGGCUCGACCAUCGGUCAAGAUUCCAGACUCUUGAGUGAAAUGUCUCUUUGCAUGGCAAUACCUAUCAUACUUUUUAUGCACCACAGGGUAUGAAACAACGCUGCUACCUAUGAGAGGACUGGUUUGAAUCCCUGGCCAAAUGAACUGGAGCAAUAAUCGGAUCCAGAUCGCUCAGGAUUGUUUUUUAAACCUGAAUCUUCCAGGUGAAUCCCGCACCACUAAAUUAUAUCACAAAGUUUUCAGAUUCAGGGCACUGAAGCAAUGUUCACCUGAGAUACAGGAGUGACUGUCUUGUACUGAAAGCUCACUGGUGAAUCCCAACGUGGCUGCACUGCUUCUUAACGUUGACUGUGGGCCGUUUCAUUUUGUGCAAGUGCAAGGCAUGCUAGACGUAGCUUGCAAUAGUACUAUAUAUAUAUACAUAUAUAUCCAUGCCAGGCUGCCGACCAUCCUUGACCACUGAGGGACAGACAUAGGUGAAAGUUGUGUCGUGCCUCCAGUAGUCUGGUGGAGUUUGGGGAUUUAUUGCGAGCGCACUCUGGACAACUCCCCAAACUCUUGUGUCGUAAUUUCCCCAACCAGAAUGAGUCCAACCUCAACAGAUUGUUGCCUCAGGCUAGACUCAAACCCUGAGCUGCACGACGGGAUCCUAUAUUCAGGUCUAACAAUCUUUGCAUUGGGGAUUUUCUGUAGCAUCACGCUAGUUUGUCAUCGGUGUUCUGACCGUUUGCCUGGUCUUCGUGUACCUGGAACUCAGAUUUCCGUUAAACAAAACAAAACAUCACUUCUUAUUGGUAGUUCUGUUCUGUGAUCACGUAUGUCGGUGGUGCAUUCAUAAGAAAGCGAUUACAAUAUGUUCCCAUUUUUUUGUAGAAGGGACCCAAGUAACGUGCUGGAGAUAGUCAAAGUUGCAUUGGCAGAGAGUUCGGGGACACUUUGUCGUUGGACAUUCUUUGGACUGGUGUGGGAAGCAGGGACUCUGGAUGUAACACAUUCAAACAUUGUGAGAAUGAACUGUGUCAGCCCAAAAAGGACUCAGGUUCAACACCAACCAAGGGUUGCAUCAAGCUUAACUCCAACCUGAUCAGGCCAACACCCUGUACACCAGUUUCUAGUCUUUGGGUCAGAGGUUUUUAGCUCAGUAGUGAGGUCCGUGGAGGGACCAGAGUAUGGCAUGAGUUCAUGAACCAAAUAGCUGCUUUGGUCGGCUCUUAGUGUCGUAUGUCAGGUCUGUUUAGCUGUUGUUAAAUCCCAAGUCUACGGUUCUCUGAAGGGGACCAAUGGGAUGCUUCCUCUAAAUUGUCGAUUGAACAGGUAUUGUCAGUGGAGUUGUGGGGACGUGGCUCAAACACUGUAGGCCCACAGCCUUUAAGAGCAGCUCAUGCUAAAUCCAGAUUGUGUGCUUCUUUGUGUAACGUGCGAGAAGGGAUCUGAGGAAAUGACGAGCCAUGAACUCUGGGUUCAUUUGGGUCGUAUGUGGAGACUCUCCUUGUUUUCAAUCAAGGUUCUGGACCUGGUGAUGAGGCUACAGGGCUAAAGCAUUUUUUUAAAAGAAAUAAUUCUCCCUCAUUCUGCCCGGCAACAGCACACUUGGCCUUAAACUCAGGUGACGAAUCUGAGCACAAGUUCACUUCUGUUGAAUGUUGAUUUUGAAUUUUGUUUUUAGAUGGAAGCACAUACCGUGAGGUCAAAGGUCAUCAUGUAUUAUCUCUGUACAGAAGUAUGCGCAUGACACUGUUCCACUGUCACCAUGUUUCAAGCUAAAGUGUAUAUUUGUGUCUUCACAUAGUCAAGUGAAAAUAUUUAUUAGAUAUUUAUUGAGAGGAUGUUGAAUAUAUCUGAAGUCUCUAUGAUGUCUGGGGAGUACACAGAAAAAUAUAUUUACUUGAUGUCUCAGAUAAAUUUAUACUUGAUCUUUAUUUUGUAUUUUUUCUUGUGCCAAAUAGUUUUAGGAAAAAUAUAUAUAUAUACACAAGAGAUCAAAAGAUAAAAAACAAUUUAUUAUCUUACAUAUAUUAAUAUAAAUGUGAACCAAUAAUGUGCUCUAUGUGAUACAAAAUAUCCAAGCACUCCAAAGAAACACAAAUUUUUUUUUUUUUUUUUAAAUUCUCUUCAGUAAGAUAAUCUGUGGACAAUAACAGUGUGAGGUCAUUCUUCAUUAUUUUAGGCAAUAAUUAUGUAUUGUCCUAUUCACAUCGAGAGGAACCAGCUGAGGUGGCUCGGGCAUCUGAUCUGGAUGCCCCCUGGACGCCUCCCUGGGGAGGUGUUCUGGGCAUGUCCUACCGGGAGGAGACCCCGGGGAAGACCCAGGACUCGCUGGAGAGAUGAUGUCUCCGGUCUGGCCUGGGAACGCCUCGGGAUCCCCCGGGAGGAGCUGGAGGAGGUUUGUGCGGAUCGGGAAGUUUGGGCUUCCUUGCUCCGAAUGCUGCCUCCGCGACCCGACCCCGGAUAAGCGGCAGAAGAAGGUGAAAGUGUCCUAUUUAUUUACAUUUUUAUUUAUACAGUUUGUUUUAAACUUUGGAUUUUUGCAAAUUUUGUCAAAGUGAAAUACAAUUCAAUUCAAUAAUUUGCGCUCGGGGAAAUUUAACCCUGCAAUAAAAUGUUCUGCCAUGUACAAGCACAAGUGUUGUGUGAAGAAAUUCUCACUGCUGACUGUAAUAAACUCUACUCUACA